AUGAACGUGACUACCGACUUCAGAGUGAUCCAGGAUCACGAUCAUGGCUAUCAACAAGCUUAUCCACGAGCCGUGACACUCACUGCUGCUGUUUGUGCGAUACUUUUUAGCAUCGUUGGCGUUCUCGGUAAUUUAGUAACAAUAAUUGCAUUAAUGAAGUACACACGAUUACGAAGACAUGCAACAACAGCAUUCGUCAUAAGUUUAAGCAUAUCAGAUUUAAUAUUUUCUGCUGUGAACUUACCGCUUACGGCUAGCAGAUAUUUAAAUGAAGCAUGGGUACUUGGUGAAACACUUUGUCAAAUAUUUCCGCUGUUUUUUUAUGGCAAUGUUGCUGUAUCUUUGCUUAGUAUGGUGGCUAUCACUGUCAACAGAUACGUAUUGAUAUCAAAAUCUGAUAUUUAUGCGCGGCUUUACACAAAUCGUGGGAUAACAAUAAUGUUGAUAGCGAUAUGGGUAGUGAGUUUUUCGCUGCUUCUGCCGCCGUUGACUGGCAUUUGGGGAAGACUCGGCCUCAACUCCAAGACAUUUUCAUGCACGAUACUCCAAAAAAAUGGCAAGAGUCCUAAAAAAAUGCUCUUUGUUAUAGGGUUCGUAAUUCCAUGCGUUGUGAUUAUUGUAUCUUACCUCUGCAUCUAUUGGAAAGUUAGACAAAGUCGUAAAAAUUUAGAAGCACAUAUGGUUAACGGCGGCAUGAGACGUAAUACUGGAUUUCAAAGACGUGAAGAUUCAAGAGUCACAAAACUUAUGCUUACCAUAUUUUUAUGUUUUUUGCUCUGUUUUUUGCCACUUAUGCUGGUCAACGUCGUUGACGACAGGGUUAAAAUACCGAUUUUACAUGUGGUUGCUUCUAUACUCGCAUGGGCAUCUUCAGUUAUCAAUCCUUUUAUUUAUGCGGGAACUAAUAAGCUCUACAGAGAAGCUUACAGACAGGUACUGUGUCCGAUUACCAGCAGUAAAAGUACUGUACCCGUUAAGCCCACAGGCUCGCAUUCGAGCAAAAUUUCAUCUCAUCAAAUCACUUGA